UAUGAGACAGCAACAAGUGACAACCAUACCAAAGAUUUGCAAAACAGGAUAUAAAUUAAACAUUGCUGUUUCACCAGAAGCAUGUGAAAGGUGUGAUCCCAAUUUGAUCAAAGAUGUUACAACAAUAAAGCUGGUUGUCUUGCUUCAACUAGAAGUAAUGGAAAGAUCACUUGUUCAUCAUGUAAUACAGCAACUUCGUGUCUAUUCCCUCAAUGGCUCAGCAGUCGAAUGUACAAGUUGUCUUGCAACAUAUGGCUUUAAAGGAACUUCAGGUGAGUUGUGUGGUAUUGAAGAAUGUCAAAUGUGUUCUGUUCCACGCGGUGGAAGGGGUCUUGUUUGUUUAACUUGUUCAAAUAAGUUUUAUUUGAAUAGUGAUGAUUCAGGUCAAUGUCCGAAAUUCUGUAAAGAAUGUUCAUAUAAUCAAAAAUAUGAAUGUACAGAGUGUUAUGAUAGAUAUGCGAAGGCAUCAGAUGGAACAUGUGUACCAUGUCCAUCAAAUUGUGAAACAUGUACAGCCAAUGCAGAUAAGACAACAAGAUGUACAAAAUGCAUAUCAAAGUCAUUUUCUUUAAAAACUGAUGGAACUUGUGUCCCAUGUUCAGAAGCUGCUUUUGCAAAUUGUGCGACUUGUGGACCAACUCCAUCAGGUGGAAAAGCAAAAUGUGAUAUGCAGGAAUAUUUGCAGCAUGUUUCAUUAUUGUCAAUUCUUUUAGUUUUUAGGCUAGAAUUACAAGCAGCAAGUGCUUGA